AUAACCAUACAUAAACAAAAUGCAGGCUCUCACGGUGUAUUUGUAUGACGUAUUAGAUACACGUUACAGUUUCACUGAUAUCAACGCAGCCGGAGUUUGUCGCCAACCACCCGAAAAGCCAGAAAGUCCGUCCAAACUUCCGUUCCUUUUCGGAUUUUAUUGUAGCGCGCUCAAGAAAACGACACGUGAUCGCGAUAACCGCCAUUACAAAAAUAGCACCGUAGAAUUAGUCACAGCAGAGUUCUAUUCCGUACCGCGAUUCCUAGAUAAAGCGGACGAUUUACAACAUAGAAGUUUAGGUUUUGAGUAGUUAGGGUUUAGGUUUAGGUUUAGGGCGAGAAAAUGGCAUCUUCGGAUGAUGAAAUUGAUACACAGCCAUUGUCUGUGUCAAAUUACCAUUUCGAAGAUGAUAAAGAUGCGCCUAUUUCCUUUUCUGUUUUGCCGAUUCAAUGGAGUGAGUCUGAGAAUCCUAAAGGGAUGAAAGAGAAGGUGUUUUUGCACGGUAAUGCCGAUAAUGGCCUGAAGAAAAUUUUUAUGCAAGUUAUAGCAUGGAGGUUUGAUCUUCUUUCCAAUGUCAAGCCUGAGAUAUCAGUGCUAUCAAAGGAUGGUAAAUGGAUCAAACUUCAAAAGCCAAGGAAGAGCUACGAGGAUACCAUAAGGACUAUUUUGAUCGUUGUUUACUUCAUGCAUUUUGUGAAGAAGAAUCCGGAAACAUCAGCAAAAUCUGUGUGGGAUAGCUUGAGUAAGAAUAAGGAUUUUAGUUACUAUGAAGUUAAACCUUCACAUAAUGAUUUGUUAAACCAUAUGGCUUUAAUGGCCGAAGCUGCCACAAAGGAUGCUGUCUUAGCAAAGUCCAAGCUUUUGCUCACAGUUCUGGAAGAUAAGGAUACAAUGAGGAUUAAGAAACUUUCCGAUGAGGAAGUUAAAGAGCUAGCACGACCUGGAUUUAUAAUUGAUGAUAUUGACAAUGAUGAGAUUGAUGAGACUGCUGCUGAUGAAGAAUCAGAUGAAGAGGAUGCGUUAUUUGAUUCUGUUUGUUCGAUUUGUGACAACGGCGGAAAUAUUUUGUGUUGUGAUGGAAAGUGCAUGAGGUCAUUUCAUGCUAAUAAGAAGGAUGGUGAAGAUUCUUCUUGUGCCUCCCUUGGAUUUAGCCGGAAAGAAGUUGAGGAGAUCCAAAAUUUCUAUUGUAAGAAUUGCGAAUAUAAUCAACACCAGUGUUUUCAAUGUGGCAAACUAGGCUGUUCUGAUAAAUUUGCUGGUGCUGAGGUCUUCAAAUGUGCUUCUGCAACCUGCGGUUUCUUUUAUCAUCCAGAAUGUGUCACGAAGUUACUAAAGCUGGUGGCUAAGGAUGCUCCAGCAGAACUUUUAAGCAAUAUAGCCAAGGGGGAGCCUUUCACCUGUCCUGCUCAUUAUUGCCGUAUCUGUAGUGAAAUGGAAAACAAGAACGAGCACGAGUUACACUUUGCUGUUUGUAGGCGUUGUCCCAGGUCAUAUCAUCGCAAAUGUUUGCCAAGAAAGAUUGCUUUUGAAGACGAAGUGGAUGAAGGCAUUGCGCCCAGGGCUUGGGAAGAUCUUUUGCCAAACAAUCGCAUUCUUAUUUAUUGCUUAAAGCAUGAGAUAGAUGAUGAACUUGGAACUCCUAUAAGAGAUCAUAUAAAAUUCCCUGGUGUUAAAGAGAAAAUAAAUACUGCAACCAAAGAAGUUAUAUCGAACAAGAACAAUGCUAAGUUAGAUGAUUUACUUGUCAAAAGAACAAGUGCUAAAUCAUCUAUAUCGUCUAGUAAAAUGUCCUCCGAGAGAGUUGAUAUCAAGAAUUUUAGAAAGAUAUCUGGAUCAAAUAUCCCUAGAAAGAAAGCAAACGAUGCAACAAGAAGGUGUUUGAGUGAAAAUAAGAGGUCAACUUUAAAGGAAACAGAAAGGUCUAACUAUGAGGAGAAUCAGCCCUCACUGGGUGUGCAACUUUAUGAUCUCUAUCGUAAGGGUUCCGACCGAAUUAGUUCUGACAACCAUGUUGAUAAUGUAGCUGAUAACACAGUGUCUGUUAAGCCUAAAAAGCCGAGCAGUGCACCACCCCAAUUAGGCGUAGAUUCAGAGAGGAGAUUGUUGGCUUUGUUUAAAGAAGCUUCAUCAUCAGUUACAAUGGAGAAUGUCAUAAAGGAACAUAACUUUGCUUCUUCUCAUGCUCACUCGCUAAAAAAUGUUGUGGAGAAGACUAUUACAGUGGGAAAGUUGGAAGGAUCAGUUGAGGCUGUUCGAACGGCUUUAAGGAUGCUGGAUAAAGGACAUAGCAUUCGGGAUGCAGAAGCUGUUUGUGGUCCUGAUGUUAUGAACCGGUUAUUCAAGUGGAAGGACAAGUUGAAAGUAUAUCUUGCACCUGUUUUAUAUGGCAAUCGCUACACUUCAUUUGGUCGCCAUUUUACACAAGUGGAAAAGCUGGAAGGGAUUGUGGAUAAACUCCAAUGGUAUGUUCAGAAUGGUGAUAUGGUUGUGGACUUCUGUUGUGGUGCUAAUGAUUUUAGCAUUCUCAUGAAGAAAAAACUUGAAAAUACUGGGAAGAGUUGCUUCUUCAAAAACUUUGAUUUACUUCCAACCAAGAAUGAUUUUAAUUUUGAGAUGAGAGAUUGGAUGACUAUCCAGCGAAAGGAGUUGCCUUCAGGGUCACGGUUGAUCAUGGGUCUUAAUCCCCCCUUUGGGGUUAAAGCAGCUUUGGCUAACAAGUUUAUAGACAAGGCUUUAGAGUUUGAGCCGAAGCUCCUGAUUCUUAUAGUACCUCCAGAGACAGAGAGGCUGGAUAAAAAACGGUCACCAUAUGAUCUUGUCUGGGAGGAUGAGAGGUUUCUAUCAGGCAAGUCAUUUUAUCUACCUGGAUCAGUUGAUACUAAUGACAAGCAAUUGGAGCAAUGGAAUGUAAAGUCACCCCCUCUCUCCCUUUGGAGCCGUCCAGACUGGACUGAUAAGCAUAAGCUCAUAGCCCAGGAGAAUGGUCACCUGUUCAGACAUCAUGAUGUCUCGAAAAUGGAAAGCUUCGAUAGGGAAAAAUCAUCUGCCAGUCAUACUGUGGAUGAUGACUAUGUUGAUGAUACCAUGCUGGAUCGUAUGCUGGAUCAUGAUUUCUUGAAGUCAACUAAUGGUGAAGAUUGCUCAUUUAUGGUUGGACAGGUACAGCAAGGCUCGUCUCAUGGAAAUGUUGAUAGAGAGAGUCAAGAGAGACAUGAGUAUUUGGUGACCAAGGCUGAGAGCACCUCAUGGAAAAGGAAGCGAUCAGACGAAAAUGAUGGAAGAGGACCAGCUGUGACCUUACCAGCUAAAAGGCAAGGUCUGAGUGAAAUGCCUGAGGGAAAUCAGUCCGGAUCAGACAUGAUGCUUUCAGGUGAUGAUGUUGGUGAUAAUGGUUAUACACCUCUGGAGCCCCACUCUUCCAUUGGUGAUGAUGGCCAAAGUUGGCCAAAUGUUGCUGAUUCCCUCCCUGAUUAUGGGUUGGCCGAAUUACAGGAACACAGUAGCAGGCAUAUGGGAGACAACACAAGUAGCUUUGGAUAUAAACCUCAUCUCAGGGAGGAUGAUAGUCACCUGAGGGAAUUAGAGGCAAGACAACAGAUUCACCCUCCAGGACUUCAGAAUCCUGAUCCUAUGAGUAGUAGUUAUCUAUCUGGUCAUGGUCCUGCUUAUAACCAAAUGGGAUCUACUUAUUCAGUACUCGGUUCAAGACCUGAAUUGCCUUACAUGAUGAAUACACCCGCUAUGCCGACGAAUACACCAGCUAUGCAACGAUAUGCACCUCGUCUCGAUGAAUUAAACCAUGUUAGGACAAACUCUUUUGGGCCUGAGCAUCCUACAGUUAAUAGAAGUAACACUUCUGAACGUAGUACCCCUCAACCUGGAUCUGGAAAUGUGCUGCCAGGUUUUCCAAAGAUGCCAUAUUAUGUACAUAGAUGAUAUUAUGAUGGAACAUGCUGUCCUGUACAUGGGAUGUUUGAUUGACAACGACACAAUCCGCCUCCUCAUUUUGCUGGAAGAACAUUUCCGGUAGUGUAUUUUGAUAGAUUUGAGAAAUAUUGGGGUUAAUUAACAAAUUAUCAUUUUCUGAGUUGGGUUUAGUUUUGUACUCUUUUUGUGUGACUCGGUAAUAUCUGUAUGUGACCCUAGUGCUUACCGAUCUGGUGUUCCAUUAGAUUGUUUUUCUCUAUUAUGUUGGCGUGGAAUUUAAAAGUGAAUGCUUAAAAGAAUCACUAAAUUAGCGUCUUAGUAAAGACGGAAAA